AAGGGGCGGAGCCGGGCUGCGUUCUGUCGGGCAGCCGGAGGCCGAAUCCCACCGAGGAGAGCCGAGUUGGGCCGAGGCUGGUGGCCCUAGGGAUCUGAGAGGAGGUUGUGGGGCGCGUCACACCUCGGCGGCUGGGCGGUGACAAAGAUGAUGGCUUCUGUCGCGCGGCCCCGCCCGGGCCUCGGACUGCCGAGGGUCUUGCCCUUCCCUUUGCUGCUGCUGAUGGCGGUGCUGAACAGCCCGGUGUCCGGCCGCGUCCCCCAUUCGGUGCCGAGGACCUCACUUCCUAUCUCCGAGGCUGACUCCUAUCUCACCCGGUUCACCAUCCCUCAGACAUACAAUUACUCUGUUCUCCUUGUGGAUCCUGCUUCCCAUACACUUUAUGUCGGCGCCCGGGACACCAUCUUCGCUUUAUCCCUGCCGUUUUCAGGGGAGAGACCCCGAAGGAUUGACUGGAUGGUGCCUGAGGCCCACAGACAGAACUGCAGGAAGAAAGGCAAGAAGGAGGACGAAUGUCACAAUUUUGUCCAGAUUCUCGCCAUUGCCAAUGCUUCUCACCUCCUCACUUGUGGCACCUUCGCCUUUGAUCCGAAGUGCGGGGUUAUUGAUGUGUCCAGUUUCCAGCAGGUUGAAAGCCUUGAGAGUGGCCGGGGGAAAUGUCCUUUUGAGCCAGCUCAGCGGUCAGCAGCUGUGAUGGCUGGGGGUGUCCUCUAUGCUGCCACUGUGAAAAACUACCUGGGGACGGAGCCAAUUAUCUCCCGGGCUGUGGGUCGUGCUGAGGACUGGAUUCGGACAGAGACCUUGCCGUCUUGGCUUAACGCCCCAGCCUUUGUCGCCGCCACGGCCUUGAGCCCAGCUGAGUGGGGGGAUGACGACGGAGAUGACGAGGUCUACUUCUUCUUUACGGAGAUUUCCCGAGCGUUUGAUUCGUACGAACGCGUUAAGGUCCCGAGGGUGGCCCGUGUGUGCGCGGGGGACCUUGGGGGCCGGAAGACCCUCCAGCAGAGGUGGACGACGUUUCUGAAGGCUGACCUGCUGUGUCCUGGGCCUGAGCAUGGCCGGGCCUCCAGUGUCCUGCAGGACAUGGCCAUUCUUCGACCUGAGCCUGGAGCGGGGACCCCCAUCUUUUAUGGCAUCUUUUCCUCCCAGUGGGAAGGGGCUGCCAUCUCUGCUGUCUGUUCCUUCCGACCACAAGACAUCCGGACAGUGCUGAAUGGUCCCUUCAGAGAGCUGAAACAUGACUGCAACAGGGGACUGCCUGUCAUGGACAAUGAUGUACCCCAGCCCAGACCUGGAGAGUGCAUCGCCAACAACAUGAAGUUCCAGCAGUUUGGUUCGUCGCUCUUCCUGCCUGACCGCGUGCUCACCUUCAUCCGGGACCACCCGCUCAUGGACAGGCCAGUGUUUCCGGCUGACGGCCACCCCUUGCUGGUCACUACAGAUACAGCCUAUGUCCGAGUUGUGGCGCACAGGGUGCCCAGCCUCUCAGGCAAAGAGUAUGAUGUGCUCUAUCUGGGGACAGAGGAUGGACACCUCCACCGAGCUGUGCGGAUUGGAGCCCAGCUCAGCGUCCUGGAGGAUCUGGCCUUAUUCCCAGAGCCACAGCCAGUUGAGAAUAUGAAAUUGUAUCAAAACUGGCUCCUGCUCGGCUCUGGUACUGAGGUCACACAAGUGAACACAACCAACUGUGGCCGUCUGCAGAGCUGCUCAGAGUGCAUCCUGGCCCGAGACCCUGUCUGCGCCUGGAGCGGUCGGCUAGCUGCGUGUGUGGCCCAUGAGGGAGAGCGUGGAGGGCUGGUUCAAGACAUAGAGUCUGCAGAUGUCUCUUCUUUGUGUCCUAAAGAGCCUGGAGAACACCCAGUGGUGUUUGAAGUUCCUGUGGCUGCAGCUGCACACGUGGUCUUGCCGUGUUCCCCGAGCUCAGCCUGGGCGUCCUGUGUGUGGCACCAGCCCAGUGGAGUGACUGCGCUCACCCCCCGGCAGAAUGGGCUAGAGGUGGCGCUGUCCCCAGGGGCCAUGGGUGCUUAUGCCUGUGAAUGUCAGGAGGGUGGGACGGCCCGCGUGGUGGCUGCUUACAGCUUGGUUUGGGGCAGCCAGCGGGGGCCCCCAAGCCGGGCUCACACAGUGGGGGCUGGACUGGCAGGCUUCUUCCUGGGGGUUCUUGCAGCAUCCCUGACUCUUCUCCUGAUUGGUCGGCAUCAGCAGCGGCAGCGACAGAGGGAGCUUCUGGCUAGAGACAAGGUGGGCUUGGACCUGGGGGUCCCAGCAUCCGGGACCACAAGCUACAGCCAGGACCCUCCCUCUCCCUCUCCCGAAGAUGAGCGGCUGCCCCUGGCCCUGGCCAAGAGGGGCAGUGGCUUUGGUGGCUUCCCUCCACCCUUCUUGCUCGAUCCUUGUCCGAGCCCAGCCCACAUUCGGCUGACGGGGGCUCCUCUAGCCACAUGUGAUGAAACGUCCAUCUAGGCCCGGGGAGGUGACUGCUAGUGUGUGAGUGACCACUGGAAUGGAAUGACCACUGGGGCUUUGGGGGUCGGUGAGCCUGGAGGACCAUAAUGGCCUCUGGGUUCUCUUUGGCCUUCAAGUGAUCAUUUGGACCUGCCUGUGUGCCCUCUCUCAGCCUGGAUGGGCUCAGGGCCAGGCCUUCACCCGACUCCCACUCAAGAUCAGAACUGCUCCCGCAGUGAUCAGGACUUUUUCCGCCCCUGCCCUUGAAACCUCUAUGACCCCUUCAGCCCAGUCUCCUGGGCCCAUCAGUUUGGGUCAGGGACGGCUGUGACUUUGCCUUCUAGCUGGGCCCUGGCCAGGAGGAGGCGCCCUGGAAGUGCCUGGGAGCUAAUAUGCACCGAGUCCUUUCGCUGGUUCUCCCGGUUUAUCGGAUUCUCCCUGGGGAGCGCAUGAUCCCCCAACUGCAACGUGGAAUCUCUGCCUGAGAUCUACCCCUUUGUCCAUGAAAGAGCGUGUGUAAAUACAUGGCUGUUCAUAGGUGACCUGGCCACCGUGCAUGGAUGACUGGGCCAGUGCUCAGGGGUGUUCAUGGGGAUUGAGGGGGGCAAAUCGGAACGAGUGCAGUGGCUGUAGAACUUUACACCCUGUGGCCAGUGAGGGAAUGCCUCUCCUUUCUAAAAGGAGACAAACCACUGCCCUGUUUCCAUCAUCUCACCAUAGCUGUCUGCUGAGUAGGAAAAAAACUCCCAAAGUGACCUUCUGGGUGGGAAAGUCAAUGGUACACAUGACCCCAUCUUUCUCUUUGUUUUAGCCUCCUGGCCACCACCACUGCCAUGUGCAGCGGGUCUUUCUCUGGCUGGACCCCUUUCCUUGGCUCCUUUUAAAAAUAAAUUUCACCACAUUCUAAAUAUCAGGGGAUGGCCAAAGGGGCCCAGUGAUGGGAGAUGCAAGCUGCACAGAGAUAGGUUCCUAUCAGUGACUUUAUUCAGGGUGACACCCUUGCUUUAAAGUGGGGUUUAUGGACUGGGGGUCCACGGACUCCCUGAUAUCGUAUGCAAAAUGCAGUCUGUCCAUGUGUGUCUGUGUUUUUCUCGGGGGGCGGGGGGAUUGUGACUCUCAUUAGAAUCUCAAGCCUUAACAAAGGACCACUACCCCAAGGUCACCACAUGUUGCCCAGGCGGAGGUGGUGCCACGUCGUGGCUGCUCUUCCUGCCUGGCCACACCUGCUCAGUGGCCAGCUCCUGGCCUGGCAGCCGCCAGAUGCCUCUGGUUCAUUCCCUGGAAGGUGGGUUCCUCCAAAUAUUUGAAGACACUGUCGACUGUCACCACAUAUACAGACUUCUUCCUGCUUCACGACUCCCACAUGCUCUAGGCUUCUCCUGGUCCGUUCCAGUCUUGGCCUGUGAAUGUGCCUCCCUUGUCCCUGGUGAGGAACUGCCUUGAGCUCCAGUGAAUGGUCCAGCCUCUUGGAGUUGAGGUUUUCAGCUCUACUUUCCACCGGCAGCAGCCUGUGAACUACUCAAGAGUCCCCUUGGGCUUUGAAUGAUCAGUGGCUUUGCCGCUAGUAAGUGUCUGAUCUUCAAAGAGUGAUCUAACCUAGGAGCAACAGUUGACGCAUCUGUAAAGUGGGGAUAAUAAUACCUACCUCAAGGUUGCUGCAGGGAUUAAAUGCGAGAACAUCCAAACAAUAAAGCACUGUCUAUACCAGGGGA